AUGGUCAGCCUCGACUCUCUUCGUGAUUAUCAAAAACUUCUCUUCGACAAUUUCAAUUCAACCAGUGUUCAGGGCCUUUUCGCAUUGACGACAUCAGUCGAAAAUGGAUUAAUCGAUCAACCGAAACCCCAAUAUUCGUAUAUUGGAUUGAUUGCAAUGGCCAUCCUUUCGUCACCGGAUCGAAAAAUGAUUCUCUCGGAAGUUUACGAUUGGAUUGUUCAUCAUUAUCCAUAUUUUCGAAGUCGUGGCAGUGGAUGGAGGAAUUCGAUUCGACACAAUCUAUCGCUAAAUGAUUGUUUUGUGAAAGCCGGCCGAGCCGCCAACGGAAAGGGCCAUUAUUGGGCAAUUCAUCCAGCAAAUCUACGCGAUUUUGAACGCGGAGAUUUCCGGCGAAGAAGAGCACAGAGAAAAGUUCGUCGUCAUAUGGGUCUCUCAGUUCCAGAUGGUGAAUCGUCAGAUGAAAGCCCAUCCACAUCACCGCGUCCACCGCUAAACGAACAACAAAAUGUGAAUAAUCUGGGCAAUUCACCGUCGGAUGGAUAUGUGUGUGGAACGAGUGUACACACAAAGAAACACUCCACAAAUGGAUAU